GGUGUCGACCUGCGGCUGUUGCGGUCUAUUUGGGCAAUGGCGAGCGGCGUGCAGUCAGAAAGGGAUCCGCUGCUCAAGCAUAUGUACACGUUUGCAGGACGGUCGCGGUACCUACUUUUCUCAGAUUUCUUCAGAUUACGCUGGCGAUCAGUGGCAGCAGCGGGGUCGUACACAAAUGGGUGCAACCGGUGGGCAGUGCUCCGGCCAAUCGCUGGGUUUCUGCCGCGUUUUGUCCACUCAGAGACGACGAGCGCGCCGACUGGACAAAACUCGGAUUCGAAAAAUGAUGCCGUGCUGUCACGCGGAUUGCGCUCUUGAAGCAAGAUCUCUUUGGAGGACGUUGGAGGGCAUUGGACCAACUUGCCGUGCUUUCGCAUGAUAGUUCGGCCUGAUGUACUGUCGGUCGCUAGGCGCAUUGGAAGCUCAUUCUGAAGUUAAGACGUCGCGUCUUAACGCGAUGGGGAUGAGCAACAAGUUGAAGUUGUCGACGAUCCACUCGCUGCAUUCCGGUGGAGCAGGGAGCAUCGCUGUUCACGCAGCCAGCCAUCGGCCAUGGCGUGCACGGCAGUAUUGCAUCCGCACACUUCAUCUCUCGUGUCAUGACAGCUCAGGUCGCUUGCUAUGAAUUCGUUCUUCUCCUUUCUUAAACGAAAAUUAUGAGUGAACUUCGCUCUACGAGGGUACCUUCUCGAUGCAUGGCCCCAUGACUCGUGGUCCGUGGCACGGACGCAUUGGCAGCCGAGUGGCUCACUCGGUGAGGGCCAAGCCAACUUAAACGCUGAUGUGUUGCAAGCCCGGAAACCCAUGUACCGUGUCGGGAACGGUGACUUUAAAAAAGCAUUCUAAAGCCAACACCGUGCGCGCACUCUGGCGCAUGACUCUCUUCAGCGUCAGCCUUGUUCAUUUCAAUCUUGGUUCACUUCAACGCACAGUCAAGGUGAUUUCUGAGGACGCGCUGCCAAUCAGUGAUUGGCCAGCGCGUCCUCAUGUCCGGAGGGUAGCGUGGACAGAAAAAUACUGAAAUACCCCUUUUAAAGUUUCCAAGAGUGCCCCCUCGUAUUACUAACUUAAGGAAAUCCUGAUGAUGAAGGGAAUAGAUUGUACGCUAUUUCGACCUGUAGUGUGUUAGGACUACAGAACAUGCAUAUAGUUAGUCCUUGAAAUGGGCAUGAUCGACCAGCCACACAAACCUUCCUACUAAGUACUGUAUGGAAAAUAUACUUUUUUUCCUUCUAAGCUGCUUAACAACGUCCACGGUGCGAAGCAGGGUUCGCAACUACAAUACUCGCUCUGGAUGGGUUUGUGCGAGCGAUGCAGUCUAAACACGAAAGGAGCACGGAAGGCGGCUAUGAAUGUGGGCAAGAUCAAAGCGGCCAACCACCUUAAGUGGUGCUCAUCCAAUUCAUUAUCGCUGUUUAACAGCAAGGCCGACGGAGAGCAGAGAAAUAAGACCGCCACACACGAAGAUAUGUUUAAGAAGUUCUUACCGCUUACCUUCCAGUCCACUACCAUUUGACGGUGAAUAACAUACAUCCUUCCCUUUAUCAGUGACGUGAGGAUGAUAGCCCCGCUGCCUCGUGGCGACUGUCAGUAUCGGUAGACGCAGAUUACUGAAGUCACAGCAUUGGCUGUACGGAAACCUGGAGCAGGUCAAAAGGGAUUAUGGAGGUUGUGUAUGCAUUCCGCGUACGACGGGCUGAAUCCUUCUGGAUACCGCCGCCAGCGCCAUUCUCGAGGAAGUGGAUGCCGAGCGGCUGCGAGUAGUCGUGCUUCUCGCCGCGUGUGGCCGUCGAGCCACACGGGCACGCCCGAGCCGCGCAGCUGGCCAAACCACGUCUCCAGGUUGUGCCUGGCGUAGUGGUGGUACGUGGUGUAGUGCGAGUUGAUGAUCUUCCACGUGGCCGUGGACUGCUUGACCUGCUGCGCGAUCAUGUUGUGCGCGUCAGCGCCCCACGCGUUGAACUUGCUCACACGCUGGUCGAGCAUGACGUUGUCGCCGCAGCAGCAGUACUGGUGGCUGCGGCGGACGUUGCAGCAGGUGGCGCUGUCGCCGUUCGAGUAGCCCCAGCACUGGCAGCAGAUCUGCAUGGUGCCGUGGAUGCCGCCGUCGUUCGUAUCCACGUUGAAGAUAUCGAUCAGGGUGGAGAGUGACCUCAGCACGCUGAAGCGUACGACGAGCCGAGACUCAGCAACUACGCGAUGGAAGGUGAGGUGUAAUGUUCGGUGCCCUCCAAGCCGAGCACUCUAGCGUAGACCACCACCUAUACAUUCUUAUACAUGCUCGUAGUGCCCCUUUCUAGUUUUCAAUACACAGACAUACAAUUAUGAUCUGGCUACCCCUUUGAAAGCCCCAGGAGUACCCGAUAUACAAAAGGGGCAUGAUUUGCAAAAUGCCCCUUGCGCCGCAAGGCUUGCGGACGUGAUUGGCAUCUGCCGAUGCCGCGUCUAUUGCAGUGACGUGACAAGCAUUCUGAAGUGGGUGGCAGAGGGUGGGGCAUUCCCUGGAAGCGUCUUCACGCGCAGUCUCAGAGGUGGAAUGCUUCUGCGCGGCGCGGCGCCUCCGUCAUUGAGCCCCCUCUAAGCGAUCUGCCAUCAUUCAAGCGAUCAUGUCCUUGGCCUGUGCAUCAUCUGCGCCUAUGGAGUCGCCCGUGGCUGUCAAAGUCAAGAAGAUCAAGACCACGAAGCCCCGGGAGGUGAUGCUGGGCAUCUGCGGCGGUGUCGGCCCUGCCGCUGGGCUGCUGCUGCACCAGCUCAUACUGCAGAACACUGACAGCGCCGGAGAGGACCAGGGUCACCUCAACGUCUGCCACUUCUCGCGCUCCGAGGACAUGACGGACCGCACCGAGUAUCUGGUCUACGCCGCGAGCUCCAGCGCCGACGCUACAGACUCCGACUCCGAGUGCGGCUCGUGCUGCAGUGAAGUGUCCUGCGACUCGGUCAAGGAGGUGGAGAACCCGGCGUGCGGAAUGGCCCGGACGUUUGCGAUGAUGCACGCUGCUGCCACUGCAGGACGCGCGCGGCUUGUGGUGGGCGUGCCGUGCAACACGUUCCACGCACAACCGAUUUGGGACGAGUUCAUUCGACGUACAGGCCAUGCAAGCGAUGUAGAUCAUGUGCAUAUGCUGGCAGAGACGGUGGCCUACGUCGAAAAAAAGCUGCCUUCGUGCAAGCGAGUUGGAUUGAUGUCUACGACUGGGACGCGCAACUCGCGCGUGUAUCACGAUCUACUGGAGCCUCGCGGGUACACAGUUGUUGAGGUGAAUACAGGAGCUACGCAACAGGAGCUGCACGAAUCGAUUUAUAACCGCGAAUGGGGAGUGAAGAGCACAGCUCCGUCGGUAUCAGCAAGGUGUGAAGCGAACUUCCACCGCUAUGCUAAGCAGCUGCAAGAACAGGGAGCUGAAGUCAUCAUUCUCGGCUGCACCGAGAUCCCGUUUGUAUUUGCUGGCAAGACGCACUUUGUUGGUAUUCUCCUCAUUGACCCGAUGGUGGCGCUUGCACGCGCUAUGAUUCGCGAAGCAGACCCCUCACGACUGAAGCCCGUUGAUUCAACCAAGAAGGUGCCAAACAUGUAUUCUGUCGUGCCACUGAGUGUAUCAAAGGCCUCAUCAGCCCCGCUAGUGCCAUUGAAGUACGUUGGUGCCACGACAGCAACGACACCAUCGUCGAAGAUUCCCCGUGCCAAUUGUUCGUGAAUACCUCGAAGUAUCUGUAGACUAAUAGACCUAGAACCAGGCAGCUUGUCCAGCCUUUGCAACGAGAUAAUGAGAGCGUCGAUAGUUUUUAUUUGCAACUAAGGCCUUACAUCAACGACGACAACUGGUUCAGGAAGUCCGUCGCUUUUUCAGACGCAGCCGAGUCGCGCGAUGUAUUCAAUUGGGCCGGCUCCUCGUUCUUCGUCGUCGCACUCUCUCGCUGCUUGCGCAGACGUUCUAAGCGUAGCUGCUUCCUUGUUUUUCUGUUCACCGCACCCGACGACGAAGAGUGCGUCAGCGCCUGCGCAAGCGUCGCUCGCUCAUGCACUUCCUGCAAGUGUUUCUUCUCGGUGGCUUUCAGUCGCUUCUCCCACUGCGAGACCACGAAGCUGCCGUCACCAGCCUUGCCUUCUGCACCAUCGUCCUCUUCUGGACAAUUACGACGGUGCUUCUCCACCUCAUUGCGACGCAGGUCACUCUCAUAUUGCUGCUGUUUGCCCAAGAACGCAGCGUAUUCCUCACUGUCCGUCGCAACGCUUCUCGUCCGCCCGAACUCGUCCGUGAUCUCCACCAACGUCUUCUCCUUGGCACUCACCGCCUCGGCCAUAUACUUCUUGGCUUCAAAGUCCACCAGACACUCUCCCUUCAGAUUGUCGCUGCCUCCUCCAUUGGCCAUCUCCUCGUACAGCUUCGCCUUCUUCUGUAGCAUCUCCGCUGACUUCUUCCUCCACGCUUCGUCGUCGUCUUCGUCCGGCGCUUCUCGCUGCUUGGCCUCCUCAUCGCGUCGACUGCGGGCCUCCACUCCGCUGUUGCGACUCCUCUUGCCCACG